GAAUCCCCUUCGCUAGACUCCCAUGUGUCAUGGCUGCUUUGGACAUCGGGAAUUUGAAGUUAGGACGCGUGACUUACAUUUAUGGCGCCGGAUGAAUGACGGUUGAUCGACUUUCACCAUAUUAUUUACAUAUGAAUUGCGCAGUGCAAGUGUAAAGCUCACUUUUUGCUGUAAGCAUGAAUAUUCACGAGGACAAUGAUAUUCUUGUCCGUGAGAAUGUCAACUUCGAGGAGAUGUUGCUGAACGAUGACGAGAUGAAAGGGUAUUUGAAUAAAUUGAAGGAGUCCUGUGAUAACUUCCAAGCAAAGAUCGACCGGGGUAUUCUGGAAUCGAUUUCAAAAAGUUCUGAAUGUGCCAAGCGAGUGGAAAAAUGUUCCGAAUCGAUCAUGCAAUUGGCGAAUCAAAGGAAGGAAUUAAAGUCUGGCUUGGAGAGCUGUAAUCUGAAGAAGAAAGUCGUUGAGAAAAAGACAAUAUGUACGAUCAAAGAAAUUGAGAGAACGAAGGCUGACAUAGAAAGUAUUAAAGGGAAGAAGGAGAAAUUGUCGCUUGAUAUAAUUGAUUUGCAACAAGAAUACAACAAAACUAUCGAGUAUAUGAAAAAGCAAUGGGAUGCAGUUAAGAAAGCAUGCUUUAUGUACAAAAACAUACUGGACAUUCAUAUCGAUGUUAGCACGAUAGGAGAUUCGGAGCAAAUUACGGUAACGUUCUUUUGGACUGAAAAUCCAACGGAUAAAAAGUUUUUUGUAGUUUUUACGCAUCGAGAUGAUUGUUGGAGAGUUAAGAAAAUUGAACCAGAAUUAAGUGCGGAGAAUAAGUAUCAACUAAAUCACAUAGUUCAAUUUUCCAAACAAUCCGAGGUAGCUAAUGUUACGUUAUUACUUUGUGAAUUAAGGACACUGUUUAUAAAAGACUACUUUUCGGCCUAAUGUAAAAUAAUUGACUUUAAUUGUA